AUCCUGAGACCCAGACGGAGGGAUGUUCCCUACUCAGGAGGAGGCCGACAGGACGGUGUUUGUGGGGAAUUUAGAGGCCCGAGUGCGGGAAGAGAUUCUUUACGAGCUGUUCCUUCAGGCUGGGCCUCUAACCAAAGUGACUCUGUGCAAGGACAGGGAAGGGAAGCCAAAGUCCUUUGGAUUUGUCUGCUUUAAACACCCUGAAUCGGUGUCCUAUGCUAUAGCUUUGCUGAAUGGAAUUCGUUUAUAUGGAAGACCAAUUAAUGUACAGUAUCGAUUUGGGAGUUCUCGCUCUUCUGAACCAGCUAACCAAAGUUUUGAGACCUAUGUAAAGAUAAAUUCACACAGCUACAGGAAUGAAGAAAUGGUGGGCAGAUCUCCCGUUCCCAUGCAGUUUUUUCCAAUUAAUAAUACUGCUUUACCUCAAGAAUAUGUUUUCUUUCAGAAGAUGCAGUGGCAUGCAUAUAAUCCAGCACUGCAGCUUCCUUACUACGAGAUGACAGCUCCACUUCCAAAUAAUGCAUCUGGCUCUGCCACCCUAAAUCAUGCUCCAGAUCCAGAGGCUGGACCCAGCUCUUAUGAAUGGACCCAUCAACAACCAAGUGAUUCUGACCUUUAUCAGAUGAAUAAGAGAAAGAGACAAAGGCAAACCAGUGAUAGUGAUAGCAGCACAGAAAGCAACAGAGGAAAUGAAUAUAACCAAAAAUUCCGAAAAUACAAGAAAAAGAAAAGAUAUUGAUACUGUCAUCAAAUGGCAUUUGUCUAUACUGGUCUUAGUUCUCUUUAAAAGAAAAUCUGUAUUUUACCAAAUGAUGAAUUUCUUCAUUGUCUUGUCUUCUUUGAAAAAUAUAACAAAAGAUUUACCUACUUAGCUAUUUAAUUUUAACCUUGAAUAACAAAGGUUUUUUUAAAAUAAUGGCCUACCUUUUGUACUUGUCUUGUAAUUUUUGACCAGUGGUUGAUGUGCAAUACACUUUGUCAUUUUAUUUUAGUGCUGCUGAUGAAAUUUUACCAAGUUAUUAAUGAAAAGUCACCUACUGAACAUUUAUGAAUUAGAUACCAUUCUGUCCCUAAAUUGUCACUGUAACCUUCUACAAAUAACCUUCUACAAUAAUAAAUAACCAGCCACAAAUAA